CUCGAAAUUACUGACCACAAAACACCCUUCUUUUUCGCAACUACCACACAUCUCGACCGAGGAUUCCGCUUGAGCACGUACCGUUGAAACACAGACGGGCUUGCCGUGUAGUCAUUUCGCACUGUUCAUUAUGGGAGACUUCCAGGGCAUUGCUCAACAAUUUGUUGAAUUCUACUACAAGACCUUUGACAGCGACCGCGCGCAGUUGGCUGCUCUUUACAGGAACAACUCCAUGCUCACCUUCGAAAAGGAGCCAUUCCAGGGAACGCAGUCUAUCCUUGAAAAGUUGACGAAUCUUCCUUUUCAAAAAGUACAACACCGUGUCGACACCACAGAUGCCCAACCGUCGAAUGAACAGGGUGGUAUUUUGGUUCUGGUCACUGGUGCACUGAUGGUCGAUGAUCAACAGCAGCCGAUGAGCUACGUGCAGACGUUUAACUUGUUGCCGGAUGCGGGCAGCUACUAUGUGCAGAACGAUGUCUUCCGACUGGUGUAUGCUGCCGGUUGAUCGACUCGCUGGUUAGAACGACGAGAAUUCAGGCCCGACAAUGUGUCAAAUCGACGAGCGUGGACGGUUUAAAUUCAUCUAUGCCUGAAGGAUGAUACGGACUUGACGUUGUUGAGAGCCGAGAGGAGCAUGAUUAAUAGAUCGAGUGCGGAUAUCCUGAGACUUUUGAAGACCGAGUUCAAACAGGAUGCACACGCAGAGCUCUAGAGGCAGAUAUCCACAGCCACGGAAGUCCUACAUUGUUAACUUGUGGUCUUUUGCUCUACCUUUCCAACUGGCCGACAUGCAUCUACGAUUUCUUCGCUAUUGACCUCUCUAGGUUAGACGCC